GCAGGGAUUACAAUGGUUGACACAGAAAUGCCGUUUUGGCCCCUGAAUUUUGGAAUCAGCCCUGUGGAUCUGUCAGCCAUGGAUGAUCACACACAUUCCUUUGACAUCAAGCCCUUCACCACCGUUGACUUCUCGAGCAUUUCCUCCCCACACUAUGAGGAUCUUCCUCUUGCCAGAGCUGACCAGUCAGGCCUGGAUUAUAAAUAUGAUAUCAAGCUCCAGGAUUGCCAAAGUGCCAUCAAGAUGGAGCCUCCUUCCCCCCCCUAUUUCUCAGAAAAAGUCCAGCUGUACAACAAGCCUCACGAGGAGGCGUCCAACUCGCUGAUGGCCAUCGAGUGCCGCGUGUGCGGGGACAAAGCCUCGGGCUUCCACUACGGCGUGCACGCCUGCGAAGGCUGCAAGGGCUUUUUUCGAAGAACAAUCAGGUUAAAGCUCAUUUACGACAGGUGUGAUCUGAACUGCCGGAUCCAUAAGAAAAGCAGGAAUAAAUGUCAGUACUGCAGGUUUCAGAAAUGUCUGGCUGUUGGAAUGUCACACAAUGCCAUCAGGUUCGGGAGGAUGCCACAGGCAGAGAAGGAGAAGCUGCUGGCAGAGAUCUCCAGCGACAUCGACCAGCUAAACCCCGAAUCCGCCGACCUGCGGGCGCUGGCCAAGCACCUGUACGACUCCUACAUCAAAUCCUUCCCUCUGACCAAGGCCAAGGCGAGGGCCAUCCUGACAGGGAAGACGACAGACAAAUCACCCUUCGUUAUUUAUGACAUGAACUCUUUAAUGAUGGGAGAGGACCAGAUCAAGUGCAAGCACGUGUCCCCCCUGCAGGAGGAGAACAAGGAGGUGGCCAUCCGCAUCUUCCAGCGCUGCCAGUUCCGCUCCGUGGAGGCCGUGCAGGAGAUCACCGAGUUCGCCAAGAACAUCCCGGGAUUCAUCAACCUCGACCUGAACGACCAAGUAACUCUCCUGAAAUACGGGGUCCAUGAGAUCAUUUACACCCUGCUGGCCUCUCUGAUGAAUAAGGAUGGGGUUCUUAUAUCCGAUGGACAAGGGUUCAUGACGCGGGAGUUCCUGAAGAGCCUGAGGAAACCUUUUUGUGACUUUAUGGAGCCCAAGUUUGAGUUUGCUGUGAAGUUCAAUGCACUGGAAUUAGAUGACAGUGACCUGGCAAUAUUUAUAGCUGUCAUUAUCCUAAGUGGAGACCGCCCGGGGUUGUUAAAUGUGAAGCCCAUUGAAGACAUCCAGGACAACCUUUUGCAAGCCCUGGAGCUGCAGCUGAAGCUGAACCACCCCGAGUCCUCGCAGCUCUUUGCAAAGCUGCUGCAGAAAAUGACGGACCUCAGGCAGAUCGUCACGGAGCACGUGCAGCUCCUGCAGGUCAUCAAGAAAACCGAGACGGACAUGAGCCUCCAUCCCCUGCUACAAGAGAUCUACAAGGACUUGUAUUAA